GCCCAAACUUAACACUGGUCUAUAUAUGGUUCAGACGGAUUACAUAUAUUCCGCGGAAUAUCACAGGAUUCACCUAAAUUUUAGCUCGCGUUAAUCUUUCUCCUGUAUACUAUUAUUGUCAUUUUGGCCCCCCAAAAUACCUUUUUCAUUUAGUCAGUCGUGCGUUGGAUAACUGGCUAAACUUUAGUGGAAUACUUUCUGUGGACCCGAGAACCUAUUCAGACAGACCCGCCUUGGUCCACUAUCUUAGUAAGACGUCAUUUCUCUUUCUCACACGAACAGGAUUUAAAAAAGACCUGAUUGUAUUAUUGAUCGUCUGAGCCUUGCCCCGCUUUCCUGUUGAUAAACAUCUAGAUGUCAUAGGUCGAGUGGCAGAAGCGGUGAGAGGCAUGAUAGAAGCCAUCUCGCUGUCAACGAAUCAUUAAUAGGUGAUUAUGACCUGUUUGCAAGAGAAGUUAGCACAGUCGAUGUCCGGAUCGCCUCACAUGCAAUAGUAGAUCGCCCAAGAGCAUCAUGGAAACGCCAAAGUCUUGUGAGCCCCUCUCUCAUAAAGCGAAUGCUUUCUCAAUCGCUUCUUUGAUCGCUCCUAGAAAUGAGCGCAAAGAAUCACCGUCAAUGCGAGAACCUAGCCAUGACGAAGAUCCCCGGCCAUCCAAACGACAGAAAUUGGCAACGGACCUAGAAGAUAACACCGACGUUGGUGCUGUAGACGAGACAGCCCCCGAGGAGGCGAACAACGCAGAUGACGAAGCGCUUCGAGAAGCAAGCAUUGAUUUACAGAACAUCUCGGUAGAGCUGGAGGGGAGAGAACUGUGGGAACGGUUUAGCGAAUUAGGGACGGAAAUGAUUAUAACGAAAGCUGGAAGGCGGAUGUUCCCAACGUUGCGGAUCUCCGUGAGUGGUGUCCAGCCCAAAGCCAACUACAUGGUUCUGCUGGACAUCGUUCCCGUGGACGACAAGCGGUACCGGUACGCGUACCAUCGCUCCACGUGGCUGGUGGCAGGCAAAGCUGAUCCGCCAGCUCCAGUCAGACUCUACAUGCACCCUGACUCACCGUUCACGGGGGAACAGCUGCUUAAACAGAUCAUCUCGUUCGAGAAAGUCAAGCUCACCAACAACGACACAGAUCACAAUGGCCACCUGAUCCUUAAUUCCAUGCACAAAUACCAGCCACGGAUUCACGUCAUUCGUAAGCGGGACCACACAGCGUCGGUAAUCAACCUCAAGUCUGAGAGGAUGAAAACCUUUACAUUCCCCUCGACAACCUUCAUAGCCGUCACGGCAUACCAGAACCAACUGAUAACACGACUUAAAAUAGACAGCAACCCGUUCGCCAAGGGAUUCCGGGACUCCUCGCGCUUGAUGCCCGUAGAAAGAGAGUCACCUCAAAGCAAUAUGCAUCUCUUCCCAGCAAUCUCUUCGAGCCCACUCAGCCCCAGUUUCCCAUGGCCUAUCGUAGCACAAGUCGGACUGGCAAAGAGGCCUCAUCCCACGAUUCCAUGCUCGGGCGAAAGACCACAUUUUCUAACACGAGGGUUUUUCCCGACCGCACCCUUCACGUUACCCUUUGGGACAUCUCUCCCUCCGGGUGGUAUCCUGCCGUACUUUCCUUCCCCGUCCUUCUCGCAGUCCAAACCUGGGUUUGACUCCAUGCUCCCGUACCAACCAGCCACGAGUCUACCGACUUCAGUACAUUACCCAUCCAUCAGAUAGCUACAAAGGCCUUUCAAGGACUGGUAUACAACAUGUAAUAUUAUCGAUUCUCCUGAUGCCAGCCAAUCACCCUCUACCGACUUCAGUACAACACCCAUCCAUCAGAUAGCUACAAAGGCUGCAAGGACUGGUAUACAACAAGUAUAGAUACAAAGGCUUCAAGGACUGGUAUACAACAUGUAGAAUUAUCAAAUAUCCUGCCAGCCUACCACUACUCUCUCGACUUCAGUGCACUUCUCAUCAUUCAGAUAGCUAUAAAGACUUUUCAAGGACUGGUACAGUGUGUAAUAUUACUUCUGCGAUACCCGACACUCGAGAAAAUCAGGAAAACCAUAAAUUGAUUUUAUUAUCAAAACAUGUCACAAGUUUAUCUAACAGCAACAAAGAAAUGUUAGCUACGUUUCUUCUCAAAUGAGUGAUAUACCCAUAUAUGAAUAGGUUAUAGGUUUGCGCUAGAGUUUACGGCUCUUAGGAACUAUUCACAGUCCUGUUAUUGACAAAACCUUAGUAAAAAUGGGGUCACUUGGGUUUAGUGGCGCAAUAAUUAGGUUUUUAUGUUCUUCUAAGAUUACAAUCCACUGUUUUAGCUGACGCCAGCGACAUAUUUUAUAUUUGUGGUGCACUUUUUUCAAAUAGUGUUCAGUGAAAGACGGCGAAAUGGUAGUUGACAACUCUACUAUCUAAAGAUAACAUCGAGCUCGUCAUACUUUUACUGAAUGCAAAACAAUAUGGAUAAAUCAUGCGACUAGAUUACUUUUCAUCUUUACUUUAGAAUUAAUCCCAAUAAGACAAGUUACAAAUAGUGUAAGCUUGUAAAGAUAUCCAAUGAGGUGAAGGGAGCACUAAAACAUUAUCAUACCAUAAAUGUACUAUACAUUUUUUGUACAGAUUUAUAUAAAACUUUGUAAAUAUGUUUAUUAAUAAUAAAGGAAAAAUGGAA